AUGUCAGCACUAGAGGAAGAUGAGGCGGUGUUGUUUGUUGCUACAGCUACCGCAUUAGUGCGUCACCCCAAGAGCUUUCUUCGUAUUUUAUCCAAAGUGGUGCCUCUAGCAAUUACUGACCAAUUACCCUUCACAUCACUGACCAAUUUGUUAAGGUUGCUUCUCUCGUACACAAGUGCCGUGUCUACACCUAUCGGCGACAUUGCGACCAUUGCUGGUGAGCUCACAGAAUCUGCUUCUCUGAAUACCUUGGAUGAACAGGAUCUCCUCACUGAUGUCGAGGAUGUUCUGAAUUGGGUUAUGAAUGAGUAUAACAUAGUUCUCCACGAGCCAUUAGGCGCAAUUGUGCAGACUGCCAGAGAUCUAGUAGUUGAACUGGCUGUGAAGGCUAAGAAGUUGGGAUUCACUCCAUCUGACUCGGAUUCUCCCACUGACAUCUUGCUAUCUUUCGUCAAAGCGAAGACGCUAGAGUUGUCACUAUACUAUAACGACGUGCAAACCUUCCAUCCUCUAUUUCUGCUUCUUCAAGGUGAUGAAAAAUUCUCUAGCUGGUAUAAUGGUGUGGUGGCACCUUAUCACUAUUUCUGGCUGAAUUUUGCCUCUUUAGAUGAGUCAGAAGAGACGACUGAUCACUUCUUAGCCAUGAAGUCGUACUGGGAUCAGUUUGAUAUCCUCAUUGCCCCACUUGAUAAUCAAGAGUUGUUUUUCACCGAUAAGCUAACGCCAGAGCGCUACUUGACUAAUGUCAUCCUCCCCUUUGCUGUUUACCAUGACAACAACUUGCAAUCAUUGACCACUUGGAUGUUCAACAAGCAUCCACCUAGAAAGCCUUUGCAUGAAUUCCAGUUGUGGGAUAAAUGCAUUAAGAUCACUUUAAACUUUGUGGAUUAUAGGGGCCAUCAGUUCCCUGACUCGGCCUAUUCUGAGCUUGUUAGAGAUUACCUUGCCGCCUGUAUCUAUUUUGGCUUAUACAGACAAGAGGAAGUAACACCGCUUGAACAGUCAAAGAUCUAUGAUCAGAUUCUCGCAUCUGCCAAUUCAAUGAUUGCUAUCUUGAAAAUCGGAAAUGUCGACCCUGUUCAAAUGACCGAAGGAAUCGAUUUUGAUAACCUUCCAAAAUUCGAUAUGUUUUCCGAUUUUGUCAAAGAUCCCACCAAUCCAUUUUCAUUCCUCUUUUCAUCUUCUGUUCCACAGUGCCUUGUGACUUUACAACACUACAUCAGAAUUUGCAGCGAACUCUUUCCCGUUAGUCAACUAACUAUUAAGGAUUACUGGAAGUUGAAGAGCUCACAAACGGUCGACUUUUCGGCAAGGCAGAGAGCGGUUAGCCAGAUAUUAACCCAGUUGGAUGAGACAAAUUAUCAAAAAAUCAUUAAUACGGUGAUUCUCUUCUCACAAGCAUUUGCAUCUGACGAAAUUGCGGAGCAAAGAGAAAUUGACCAAAUGGUGUUCGAGCGCUUGUUGAACGUGAAUCUCCUAUCGUAUGUUGUUGACUUCUAUCAAAGUAAGGAAGGCGAUCUUCAAAUGUCUGCUAAGACGGUUUUCAAAUUCACAAUGACAAAGUUCUGGGAUCUUUUUGACAAUGCCGCCAGUCUUGAUGAACGGAUAGGCAAACUCAAAUCAGCUAAUCAAUGUGUUGAAAUCUUGAAUGCGGUGGCAUCCAGUGGCGGGUUGGAUACUGAGCAGUCCAAUGACCUCGCUCGAAUUAAGCACUUACUAAAUGCAUUGCUGAAAUUGAAAAACUUCAGGCUUGUGCUCGAGCGGAACCAGCCAGUGACUCCUAAUCAGGUUGUGUCGAAGAUCAAAAGACAGAGUACUGACGAUAUAUACUCGCCUAUUGCACUCAUAUCUACCGUUCUAGAACAGAACCCGAAGGCGUACUUUGCGUUUGAGAAACUCUACAAAAUCGCAUCAGACCUCGCUAUCUAUUUGGAACUUGAAAUAACUGAAGAUUAUCUUCCAAAAGUUCAGUCUGCAUGUAUCGAGUCUUCUCUUGUUGACGGAAAUUUUGAUUUUGCUUAUAAGCAUUCAAAGAAUCUUUUCGAUUACUACGUGGGUAGGAGCCAUGGUGAGAAACUAAAUGAGUUCUGGCUUACGUUCUAUCAAGUUGGAAAGUACAUCUCGCCAGAAUGGCACAAUGAGUAUGAUGAGAAGGUGGAAAAAGAGAAGAUUUCCGUGUUGUUUAAGCAGAGAGAAAUCUUAUCCUUAACAUUGAAGCUUGCGAAGCCCACUACGUCAACGGUGGACAACAGUCGGUUGAUCAUAGGACAAUUGAGACAUAUCAAUCGAGAAAUUAACGCCUGGUAUGCCGAUAACGACAGCCGUCGUGGGGAUAAUGUUCAGAGAGCUGCUCAAUCUACGCAUGCUCAGCUCCAAGAUAACAUCAACGGUUUGUUGAGUGAGGCUGCGAGCACUGCUGCACAGUCUAAGAACCAAGCCAGUAAGAAAAUCUCCAAGCUUCUUGUUUCCGGUUUGGGAUGGGCAAUUGGAGCACAAGAGGGCGAUAUUGAGCGUAAGUAG